CCACUCUAUCCAAUCCCCCCCCCCCCCCCCCCUUCUAAAGAACCAUGGGUAUUUGCAGCUCAUGCGAGUCCACGUCAGUAGCUACAGCAAAGUUAAUAUCACAUGACGGCAGGUUACACGAAUUCUCGUACCCAGUUAAGGUGUCGUACGUUUUAAGAACCAAUCCUUCAUCCUUCAUAUGUAACUCAGACGAGAUGGAGUUUGACGACGUCGUUUCAGCUAUUAGUGACGAUGAGGAGCUUCAACUUGGUCAGCUUUACUUUGCGCUUCCUUUAAGCCGGCUGAGGCGCCCGCUUCAGCCGGAGGAGAUGGCCGCAUUAGCCGUUAAGGCCAGUUCUGCAUUGGCUGGUUGUCGUAGGAAAAAUGUCUCCUUGUUUACUACGGACAAGUGUCAUGUGAAGGGUUCGGGUCGGGUCGCGGAUGCCAUACCGGAAUAGAUGAAGUUUUAUGUCGUUUUGGAUUUUGAAGUGUUUGUAGAACGGUUUAUACCAAUAACAUACUACCUAGAAACACUUGUGUAAUUGUGUUACGGUAAACAGCCUACAAACACUCUUCGAAACUCUAAAUCAUCGUAAGGGAAAACAAGAGUUAAAUGUCAUUUUACAAUGGUUGUGGUUUAAGUCAUUUUGUCAAUCUAGUCCAAAAGUUUUAUAUUUUUUAUCUAUGGGUCCAAAAAAGAUUCACCGUUGCCAUUUUAAUCCACUGGGUUAACUUCGUCUAUUUUUUCUGUUAACGAGAAGUGCAAUUCGGUCAUUUUAUAUGUAAUUUUGUGAAUUAGAAGGAAAAUUCAGCCAUAUAAAAUGACUGAAUUGCCUUUCUGGUUAACAGAAAUAAUAGAUGAAGUUAACCUAGUGGACUAAAAUAACAAUGAUGAAACAUUUUAGACCCACAUAUGAAAAAUGAAACUUUUGGAAUAAAGUGUUAAAAUAACCAAAAACACAAUGAAUAAAAUCACAUUUAUCUUGAAAAACAAAAUGAUUUUGUAGGGGUGAAAAUGAAUGGCAAUGUUUGUAAAUAUUGUACGGAGUAAGGGUGAUUUUGUAAUGAGAUCUAGGAAGUACUGUUUUAAAUUUAAUCACGGAACAGUUCGUUUUAA